AUGGCUGCUAUGAAAAUAUCGUGUGCAACGACGGGCCCAACCGGGCAUUGCGCUGGCAACCUGGGACACGUCCAAGGACAUGCCCAUCAUCCCUGCAGGCCCAGCCUCAGCCUCAAAGCCUCCAGGUUUUGCCAGGGGCACGAGCUGUGGUGGUGGCCCAUUGCCGCAGUUGCUGUGGCCCGGCAAGCGCUGGACUGGGAGGAGAUGGCCAUGCGUACAGAGGCAUCAAUGAAGCGCAUAUGCAGCUACGAUCCUGCGGCGCAUGAAGUCCAAGCUGUGCAAGAUGAGCUUGGCAGGCUUGCAAAACAAGAGGACUCCGAGGAAGGAGCCACUGCGCGUGCCCAGAUGGACGCGCAGCAUGCCAAGGUGACUUGGUACGAGCAGCUCUUUCAGGAAACUCGCAGCGCAAGACUCCGAGGAGUUCCUGAGCCUGACGUGGAUUGGAACCUCAUGGCAGACCGCAUCAACAAGCGCUUCAAGUACAAGCCCGGGAGGGGUGCAUUCAUUCCAAAGCAGUACACCUCCUAUGAGGACUGGUUCCUACGCAAGCUGGAUUCGGAGAUGCAUGACGCGUGCUUGGCCCGUGCAAAGCUGGCUAGUAUUUGCGCACCAGCGCAGGGCAAGAUGUACCCCCAGGUAUUGAGUGGGCAGAUGACGUUAAAGAUCUCUGUGAUAGCCGUGGAAGAGCUGUUGGGAAUUCUGCACAGCGAGCAGUUGUUGCAGAUUGGGCUGCGAUGGCCAGACUAUCACCGACUGCACAGUCCCGUCGACGGCGACAUAACUGGCAUAGAUGUUUACCAGAAAGAUCAACUGUUUGCUGGAGCGGAAUCCAUGACAAUUAUGUCCAUCAUCACCGAGUUUGGCAUGAUUCGGCUACUUUGUAUCGGGGAGUGGUCUGUGCAGACCUUUGUGACACAUGUCGUGGUCGGGCAGCGGGUGCGCAAGAUGGAUGAGCUGGGCUACUUUGACUUGGGUUCACAAGUCAUUCUCGCUUUGCCCUCAUCCGCCAACAUGUUGGUGAAGGGAGGCUCCAAGCUGUUUGUAGGCUCCCAAGAAGUGAAGAAGCCCGCCAAAAAGAAGGUUGUCCGAGAGAAGGCAGACCGCGGCAAGACGAGGCCUAAAAAAGACGCAAAGGUGAAACAGCCUGUGAGUGGAGACGACAAGGUGCCUGCAAAGCGGAAGGUGAAGAAAGUGCUGGGCAAGAAGCUGAAGCUCCUUGAUGGCUCAGCAUGGCCAGCUUCGGAUUCUUGGUUCUUUGCCUAUGCGGGCACGGAGUCUGCCGUGACCGAUGUCGUGCCUCCACACAUGAUCAAGCAGAAUGCCUCAGCAAUUCUGCGCGGCUGGUGCAUGAGUUGGCGAGUCAAUAGCAACGGCUUGGCCGAGUCCUUCUUGCAAAAAGCAGCCAGAAAAACAUGUGCUGGUGGAUCAGCGUACUUGUUAACCUCCGAGGGUGAAAGGCGCUACAGGGACUUUUGGCUGGGCCCCAACCCCUUGGCCAGCCCUAUGGCCGUCUCAGCGACCAUGAGGUCUGGUCAGCUUCUAGAUGCUACCCUGCUGGUGCCAAGCCUGCCAAUUCGCCAGGAAGAAGGUCACCACAGUCACCAAUACUUUGAGGGAAUCUGGUUUGACGCGUGCGAGGACCAGGACAUGGAUGUGUCGGCGAAUAGCUGGCCGUCGUGA